UCAGGAUGCGCCGAGUGUCCGCGACCCUUCGGGGCCGGGCGAGGCCCCGGGGGCGUGCUGGGAACACAACGCCGGUCCCAGGGAACCAGACAGGCACCUGUGCUCAGCUCCAUCCCCCUCCUCAAGGCACCUUGCAAGUUGUCCGUGGAGAUGGCACUUCACUGGGGACUGUGCUCAUAUUCCACUGUCCCUCUGGCCACCAGAUGGUGGGGUCCGGCCUCCUCACUUGCGCCUGGAAUGGAAGCACCGUGGACUGGUCUUCAGGAAGCCCUGUGUGCAAAGCUGUGCCACCGCACGAGACCUUCGGCUUCAAGGUGGCAGUGAUCGCCUCCAUUGUGAGCUGUGCCAUCAUCCUGCUCAUGUCCAUGGCCUUCCUCACCUGCUGCCUCCUCAAGUGCGUGCAGAAGAGUGAGCAGCGGCGUGCUGACAGGUACAAUGGCCUCACAUUCUUCCAGAAGCCUGAGUCCAUUAAGGCCUUGGGUGAGCCUAGAAAGAUCCAUCACUCUCUUCCUCCAACUCAUGCCUCUUCUUCCCACAGAGACCUCAGCGACAUCAGAGAGCAGUCUGGUGUGACCAGCAGUGUGGACAAAGACCCUUGGACUUUCAGGAUGGGAACUCCAGGCCCUGGUGGCUCCUCCAGCUCUCCGUGUACCUAUGUGAUGGUCCACGCAAUGAACUCUGCAGGGCUGGCCCCUGGAAAUCCCAUGAGGCCCAAAGUGUACCUUCCAGGGUGAUCUCACUAGGCAGAAGCCUGCAACUCAACAUUUACCCAGCUGGAUAUGGGUCAGGGCAGUCACCUCCAGAUAUAGGGGGCUGUUAAAUUAAAGGCUGUGGCCCCAGUGGGGAACCGUUUCUCCUAGAGGAGACCUCUGUGGCUGUUACAGGAUCUGCUCAUUGAACUGCUACUGAGGUGAGGUCCUAAAGCAGUCACCACAACCAGGGUUCUUUUUAGAGAGACUGAGACAUUUUAAGCAGAUAUAGUUUUGCAUAAUAGAAUAUGAAAAUAUUAAUAAAGUACUUUCAGCAAUA